GAUUUAGGAUAAAAGUAGUACUUAGAAUUAGUAAAAAGAUUUGAAAGAAAAGAAAAUGACUUCUGAAAGGGAUACACUGAUAUUUGUGAAGUUUUUCGAAAAUGGAAAAGUUAUAGAUGGUUCCUACUUUCAGAAGAAAACUAAGGCAACGGCCCUUUUUGAAUUCAUUGGGAGAGAUGACAUUUGUCUAGAAAGCAAGUUUGUAUCCUUAUCAUUUGAAGUUGCCAAUAGAAAAUUGGAAGAUGUUUAUAAAAAUUCAUCUAUUGUCAACCUGAAUAUAGUUGAGUAUGAUUUGCCUGAACUUGAAGAAACUGAAAACUCCAUCUCAAAAGAGAUAAGCUCUGAAAACCCUAUUGUCAUAUCGGAUUCUCCAGAAAAAAUCAGCAGCAAUGUCAUUGAAAUAACAUCAAGUCCACUACAUUCACCCCCAGAUAAAUACAGAUGUAUAUCUAGCUCCUCUGAUGAUGACCAAGAUCAUAUGCCUGUCUUAACAACAAAAAGGAGAAGAAAAUUUCUUGAAUUAAGCGAUUCAAGUACACAAGAUACUUCUGAAAAUGGGAAGAGAACAUAUUCUUUGGGAAAAAGAAAACGACCUUACUCCAGGAUGAUGGAUUCAUCAGACAGCGAAAUUGAAAUAGAGGAAGAAAUUCCAUGGAACAUUGAUGGAAAUUGCACUUAUAGAGUUUCCUAUAGUAAAACUGAAGGUCAAAAAAUGAAGUCAACAAAAGAUGGUAGAAAUUGGACACGUUACAACAAAUCGUUCACCAAAGAAUUCCCUAAAACAAUAGGUUUAAGACUGAGAUCAAAUUGUAAAGGUUCUUUCCAGUGUCAAUACAGAAAGUGUCCAUUUAAAGAGUAUUUUGGAAAGCCAAAUAGUAUCCAUGUAGUUAACAGAGAUGGGAAAGUCUUCUGUGAGGAGUGUAAUAACCUAAUGGAUUCCGUCCCGUGCAAAGCUGUCAAGAUAUGGGAAUUUAAAAAGUGUACUGAGUAUGUUACUGUUCAUCACCAUGGAUCUCAUACAUGCUUCCCAAUGAAAAGACCAAAACUACCUAAAGAAAAAAUAAAAGAAACUUUUGAUAUUAUGCCAAAUUUAAAACCCAGAGAACUGACAAACAGACUCAUUAUGAAAACUAUAGAGACAUCAACUUCCAGAGAAGAGGUAGAGGACAUUGCCGAAAGUUUAUCGGAUCCAAGGAAAACUAGAAAUUUGAAAAAUCAAAUUUUCAAUAAAGAUCCUCUGUCAGAAAAAUUAUCAAAACUGCAGGAGAAAUGUCUUCAUCAAUACAAUGACCCUUUUCUUCUUUUUGAAUACCAGAUCAAAGAAGAACAUGGAGACAAGUGGUUUAUUUAUCAUUCCACAGUGGAAGGCAACACCAUUGUAAAAAAAAUAACAGAAACAAAAACUCCAGAAGACUUCCAAACUUAUAUAAUAAAGUCAUCAAAAAAAAAAUUGGAGACAUUAGGAAAUAUGACAAACAAAGACCAUUUUUUAGGAGAAGAGUGGGCUUUCAUGGAUUUUAAAGUUAAUAGGGUCAUAAUCUACAAGGGGAAAAACUUGAAAUGUUUUGGAUUAAGUGUUUAUCAUACCCUACUUAAAAAUGUCACGUGGCUUGUUCGUAUGGACUGUGAAAAUGAGAAUAAAAAGACUGUAGACCUUGCCAUGUCUGUAGUUGAUAAAAUGUUACAAUCAUUCAGUGAAUAUAAAAUCCCAGAAUUCCGACCAUAUUCAGGCAUAAUGUUAGAUGAAGGAGGGGGGAUGCACGCGUCACUUGAGAAACGAUAUGGCAAACAAUAUUAUGAUGAAAAAAUUGUGACCUGUCAGUUUCAUUUACGAACCUGUGGAAACCGUCAUGCAGCAAGUGCAUUUAUUGGGGAGAGGUUUAAAGAUACAGCUGUUACUGCUUUUAAAAAGCACAUGAAUAAAUUAAUCAACGCUGAAACACCACUGAUGUACAAUGCUGCGUACUCGCAGAUGGAAAAAUUUAUCGAAACAUCAGGAAAACAACAGUUGAAAAGGUGGUUGAUAUGGUGGGAUAAUAGGAGAAACCAUGUAAUGGAGGCAUUCAGAGAUACAUAUGCACCAUCUACCAAUUUGGCAGAGGCAUCCCAUGCGUCUAUGUCGCUUACAGGUGGUACAGGAUUAAACAUUUUACAAACUGCAAUAUUCGAUAUUUCCGAAUGUUUUAAAUUUGAGAAAAGUGUUGAAGGAUACUGUUUUGGGUUUACCAAAUCGGGCGGAGGUCCAUUUAAGCAUUCACGACAAGGCAAAUGUAGAGAAAAGGAAGCAAAAAAUGCUGAACAAUUAAUGAAAGAGUUAGACCAACAGUACAAAGGAGGCACUGCUCCAUGUCAACCAUCCACGUCUUCCUUUAAAUCAAAUGAAAGAGAUGCACAUAGAGCUGAUAAGGGACCAGAAGACAAAACACGUCCAAGUGGCAGGCGCAGAACAUACCACAGUACUAAUUACGCUGUGUCUCUGCAAAAAGCAAACGAACCAAACGUAUUUAAAAUCAUAGAUGUUGAACAAUAUUCUCCGAGUCAAGCAUGUAUUACAAUCAAAACUAGCAAUUGCAUAUUUUAUAGCAUUGAUUUUGACAAAACAACCAAUUGUUCAUGUCCAUUUUCCGAAAUACAAGCUCAAGUAAGGCAAGGAAAAGUUCCAUGUAAGCACAGGCUUUUUGUUCUUUUGGCUAUCGGAUUUUCAUCAGAAGAUGAAAUUUUAUUGCAGUAUAGCUAUACAGCUUUUGAAGUCCGAAAAAUUAUAAAAAAAACUUUGUGACUGGCAGACAAACAAAAAUCAACCUAUGAACAUUCAACCAUCUUCUUCACAAGGAAACACUUGUAGAGACUUAAAAGUGUCAACAGCAUGUGUCACAGAACAUAAAAUAUAUGAAUUUACAUUCCUGCAAGGUUUAAUAUCCAAAUGUUAUGGCUGUGAAAAAAGCUUUACUGCUACAGACAAACAAAAACCUAACGAUGUUGUCAUACGUCAUCUCGAACUCAGACCAUCUUACAAUAAGGAAAACAAUGAAUGGUACAUACGAAAGGAUGGGAAAAUGGCAAAUGCAUACUAUCAUGUAAACAUUCAGUGUGUAAAACUUAUUCACUCAAGUUUCUGUCCUGGUUCGGUUACUGUUCCAGAAAGAGUAAACCUCACAGAGUCUCACAUAGAUAAGUUGCAUUCCGUAGGAUUUUUACAUGUUUAAAAACAUAAAGUUACUGUAAAGAUAUUCCGGUUG